AUGUCUUAUGCAUUAUUUUUCAACGAUAACAGUAACGGUAGUCUUCAUCACGGUGAAGUUAAUACUACUGAGAGACCAAUAUGCGCUCAGAAGGGUCUUUCAUGUCCAGCCUUAUACACUGCGAUUCAACUCGUUUCACACAUUACAACAAUUGCUGAUUUUAUAAUUAUACCAUUUUUGGUUUAUUUAUCAAUUGCAAAAGUAAAGGAUGGCUUAUUUAAAUAUUUUACGCUUAAUUUAAUGGCAAUUUGCUCCGUAACAACUUUAGCUGAUUUUGUAGCAGAUAUAAUAUACAUCAUAAAUCUUUUCGCUGACGUAGGCGAAAAUAAAAAAAACUUGUUAGUUUUGCUUGAUCUUCGAAAAUCUUAA